UCUUCUACUACUGCUUCGAGUCGGCGAUAACUCGCUUUCUUGGUUAGCGGAAACGGAAAGCACGGCAGCGAUUUGGUGGGAGAGAACGCGGAUUACAUACCGGGCGUACGUUGAGGCGCCGCCAAGGCUGCACGCCGCCGGACUUGAAGACGAGGGGGGGAAUCGCCGCCAGAAUUGCAAGAACGUUGCUCUGGGAGCGCGUUGAGUCGAGUCGACUGCGAGCACGGCUCGCUGUGGCACCGCUUUUGAGCCGGCUCAGUUGCGAGCACGGCUUGCUGUGAAAGAGUGAAGCCCAGCGUGCAGGGCGAGCGGUGAGGCGCGGCUGCCAUGGGCGACAUGCAGGGGCGAGUGGAGGCGAGGCUCAAGGCCGCUCUGCAACCCCAGGAGCUGGUGGUGAUUGACACGUCAGCAGGCCAUUGUGGCACGGCGUUUGACGUGGCGGUGGUGUCGCCGCUCUUUGAAGGCAAGAAGCUGCUGGAGAGGCAUCGCAUGGUGAACGGCGCUCUGAGUGAGGAGCUGCCUCACAUCCAUGCGCUCAGCAUCAAGCGGGCUUGGACGCCUGAACAGAUGCAGGCGCAGCAGAGCAAGUAGGCAGAAAGAAGGGGGGAUGCUCUAGGGGCAUGUUUGAUAUUCCAUCGUUUCAAAGAGCAUGGACGGCUGAGCGGAUGCAUGCAGUUCAGACGCACAGUGGUUGGGAAAACAUUGAGACUGUCAGAACUCAGCCACUAACCACUGAGUUAAAAGGGCCUGUUAAAGCCCAUGGCUAUAAUAGCAAUAAAGAGGGCUGUUUAAU